AUGGGUAAUAACGCUUCAUCAAACCUUCAUUCUGGUUCAUCGAGGAAAUCUAGUUCAAAAAUCUCACAUCACACUACGGCUGCCGCUUCGUUGUCUUCUUUCAAUACUCAAAGUAACAAUCAUUAUGCUCAUAACCACAAUCAAAAACAAACCUCAUCAUCAUCAUCUCCCAGGACACUGUUUAACUCUACCAACAACAACAACAAUAACAAUAACAAGCGCUCUUUAUCCAACCAGGCUCGAAGACGCAAGAGUCUUGACUUCCCCGAUCUAGAGCCAUCCUAUGAAUCAUCUCCAACUGUACCAACUCGUCGUGAACCAACUAAUCAUAUCUCACAUCCUGAUGCAAAUCCCUCAAACCCAUCACAUCGAUUAUCUUCUCAUGGAUUUCAAGAUUUGGCUCAGUUUCAACUCAAGUUACCUGCUCGAGAACGAAAAAGUCCUGCACUCCGAUCAACUACUUCAUCAUCAUCGACUUGUCCAGGUGUGCUAACAGGAAUCGAAGCCAUGAGACUUGAUGCGGGUGAAGACUUUAUUCCACAGCCAGAAGAUCACACGGAUUCGAAAAUACCACCAGUACUCUUGGGCUUCUCUAAUCUCACUGCUACCGUUGAUCCUGGUGAACCUCCAGAACCGAAAAACGCACAGCAACCUGGCCAAACUCUACCCGCUUCCCCUUCUCUAAUCCAACCAGAUCCAGACUUGAAUCCAGACUCAAACGACAUCCCACCUCUUUUCCCUCCACUCGAUGUCUCAACUGCUACAAGUCUUCCGCCUCUUCAACAACCUGUCGAAACCGUAGUGCCUCCCCUUCCGCCAGCUAUCCUUCAACCUUUCCCACCUCCGCUACCCGACCUUGCAUCAAUCGAUGAGCCAGUCCCAAAAGUCGGCGCAGCUUUGACCACAGCCGUAACCGAGACAAUAGCAGCAGCAACGGCUGUUGUUCAAGCUGCACCUGCACUUGAUAUUGGAGCUGGACCAGAAGGUGUCCCAACAUUGAUCACAUGGAAAGAACCUGCUAACGAAGUUUAUGUGACUGGAACGUUUAGUAAAUGGAAACAACAGAUCAAGUUGCGAAAACCACCUGUGAACAAUGAACCUAAUCAAGAAAACAACUUCUCAGCGUUAGUCGCACUACCACCAGGACCACAUCGCCUAAAAUUUAUAGUGGACAAAAGAUGGAAAACAUCCAAAUAUUUACCCUCAGCAACAGACGAUAAAGGAAAUCUAAUCAAUUACCUACAAGUAAAUCCAGGAGAUCAACCUUUUAGAGGAUUAGGUCCUCGAGGAAUAUGGAGUGGGUAUACAUAUGCCAAUUGGUCAUUAGGAUCAUCAAUAGGAGGACUCUCAGGAAUGUUAGAAGAAGAACAAGAAGAAGAAGAAAGAUGGACAACUGAAAUCCCAUCUGCAUUAAUUUCAUAUGAAGAAUAUCAUGAUGAAGAAGGAAUUGAAGGAGAAGAAGAACCGGGACCGAAUUCAGCUGGAUUUGCAGCUGAACCACCUAAAUUGCCGGCUCAGUUAAAAGAAGGAAUUUUGAAUAUAUCUUCUAGACUUACAGAUGGAUUAAGUAUUAGUGAUGAUAAUUCUUUGUUACCUAAACCUGAUCAUUCGGUUUUGAAUCAUUUGGCUGCUAGUCCUAUUAAACAAGGAUUACUUUCUGUGGGAGUUACUUCGAGGUAUAAGCGUAAAUACUUGACAACAGUAUAUUAUAAACCAGUAGACUUAUGAAACGGAAAAUAUAUAUAUACAAUGUAUAUUCCCACCACCUACCUCUUUUAUUUCUCGAUCACUUUUUUUUUCUUUGUCUGAUUAAUACAAUAAGUUCUUUUUAUGUUUUCCCUUCUUUUUAAACUUUUUGGCUGUAGAAUUUGUUUUUGGUAUGGAUUUAUUGUUUGUUUUGUUUGUUAUUUGAUCUCAAAGAUAAAAAGAAAAAGAUCAUAAUAUACAUAUCUAUAUUAUAAAUAUAUACAACAUAAGAAAAUGAUGAUGUAUCAACAAAGAAAGAAUUUGUUUUUUAUAAAUUUUUUUUGGUUUUUUUUUUGGUUUUUUUGGUUUUUGUUGUUGUUGUUGUUGUUCUCAUUGAUGAUGAAGUUUUGUUAUUGAUUUUGUUCUAAAAAAUAAUGGAUAUAAUCUAUACAUAAACAUCUUAUUAAAACCUUACUAUCUUGUUCAUCUGC